GUCCCUGAUUGGCCUUGCAUUAACAUGUGACCAGCUGCCUGCCAAUCAUGUAACAAUAAUACUUGUCAACGAAGAUAAAUGCAACGCUGACUAAUAAAGUAAUACUAUAGAUAGUAGUUGUGCUUAUAGUAAUAGAUUUGCAUAUAGAUUUUUCAAAAAAAAAUAAACAAGUGAAUGUGAUGCCAAAUUGUGAGUUGUCUCAAUUGUUACUGUGUCUUACUAUUGUGCUAAACAUUAUUUUCACCAGGCCAGCCAUUGCAUUGGGUAUUGUAUUUUUUGUAUAUAUUAUGUGUGAGUGUGCAUGUUCCUAAUGCUACUGCACAGCAUUAACUGUCCCACAGGCUAAUAAUGUUGUAUUGUAUUUGUGUUGUAUUGUAAUACAGUAAGACCACCAAGAGCCAUCAUUACAUCAUUACACAAGAUCAGAAACACUCUCGUCUCAGAACCAUUAGGGUGCGCUUCCUUUCUGGACAGGAAACGCUGAAUCGUGCCUCCACUGAAAAGCUAUUCUGCGGCUGACAGGAUCAGAGGGCACUGCUGCGGAGCCCUUGCAGCGCCAGUCCAUGGACAAAUCUGGCUCAUCUCUAGCCUAUAGACCUGCCUUUAUCGACUAGGGAAUCAAACACGCAAAGUGAUUCUUCUUUGCCUUGGUAUACAGUAGAAGCCCUGACUGAGAUGUAUGGACAGAACCCUAACUGGUUGUGGUCGAACGGGGCGCCUCUACGCCACCAAGGGCACCUGGGCAGACUUGGCUCAGCAACCCCGAGGCAAUGGGAGGAUGAGGAAGAAGGAAAAGAGGAAGAACAUGCAAUUUGGACCAGGGAGCAUCCAGCAAUCUGUUGCUAUACUACAAAUGGCCAUGGCCUCACCCAAGAGUGUGUUCAGAACCACUGGGGCUGGGCUGGUACCGAGAGUCCCUUUGGCCCUGUCCACACAGACCUAGUUAGCAUCCAAAGCCAGAGUGACACAGGGCUAGAUGCCCCUGAAAUGUGGAUGGAUGUCCCCCCACACCAGCCUUCCUUGGGUGGGGCUGAUGGAGAAGAAUCAUCCCAGCAUUGUUUAAACAGUCAAUGGGGGAGCCACAGGACAGAGGGCCAUGGCUGUGCUUGUGUGCAUGGACCAAGUGAACCAGGAAGAUGUUGCCACAGUUGUGCUGGUUCCCCUCUCUUCAAUUUCAGAAGUAAGUUGAGGAAGACAAUAAUGGUAGGAGUCGAGGUGGAAAUAGUGGAGGAAGUAGCCUAUGAGGACACAGAGACACUUGAAGUAAUAUCAGGAGUCUAUCCAAAUUAUUUGAUGGAAACCAUAUUGCUGCACGAUGACCAGCUUUUCCCCACCUAAACCUGCAUUCCUUCAAAAGUUGUUUGCAAGGGAACUUUCUGUGUUUUUAAAUGUCAGCCUUGUCGUUUGAAUGUAUUUUAAACGUAUUUAAAUGUAGUUUAAAGAUUAGAAUUGAUUUUAAAUACCAUUUAAAGACCUUUUAUAUGUCAGUGUUAUGUAAGUGAUGUUACUUUAAUUAAAAAAAACAUUUACCCAAUAAAAUAAGAAAACCUUU